CUCUCACGCGUUUCUCCGUGUCCUGAAGCCUCGCUCAUCUCACCUCAGCACCAGCAGCCAUGGCCGAAAUAAAAACAGGCAUCUUCGCUAAAAAUGUCCAGAAACGGCUGAAUCGAGCACAGGAAAAGGUUCUGCAGAAGCUGGGGAAGGCCGACGAGACGAAAGAUGAGCAGUUCGAGCAGUGUGUCCAGAACUUCAAGAGGCAGGAGACGGAAGGAACGCGGUUGCAGAGGGAGAUGAAGGCGUACCUGGCGGCUGUGAAAGGAAUGCAGCAGGCCUCCAUGAACCUGACGGAGUCGCUGCAUGAGGUGUACGAGCCAGACUGGUACGGGAAGGAUGAUGUCAUGACCGUGGGGAAGAACUGUGAUGUACUCUGGGAAGACUUCCAUCAGAGGCUGGUGGACUCCUCUCUCAUCACCCUGGACACGUACCUCUCACAGUUCCCCGACAUCAAAACCCGUGUUUCGAAGAGGAGCAGGAAGCUGAUCGACUACGACAGCGCUCGACACCAUUUAGAGACCCUACAGGCUUCAACCAUAAGGAACGAGCGCAAGAUCUCCAAGGCGGAAGAGGAGUUAAAAAAAGCGCAGAAGGUGUUCGAUGAUUUCAAUGUGGACCUGCAGCUGGAGCUUCCAAGCCUAUGGGACAGUCGAGUGGGCUUCUAUGUCAACACCUUCAAGAACGUCACGCACCUGGAGUCCAAGUUCCACAGGGAGAUCUCGCUGCUCUGCCACAAGCUGUACGAGGUGAUGAACAGACUCGCCGAGCAGCAUUCCGACAAGAUGUUCACCAUCCAGGGAGCUCCCAGCGACUCCGGCCCCCUGCGAUACGCCAGGACGCCCAUGGCCACGCCCCCCGACGAGUCUCCGGCCAGCAGUCCCGAGGCCAGUCCCAACCACAUGCUGGCCCCCGGGCCGCACCGACCCAAGUCCCCCUCUACGCUGAAGAAGGGUCCCCCGGUGCCCCCCCCUCCCAAGAUCACCCCCACCACAGAGCUGCACCAGGAGCAGAUCAUCAGCCUGUUCGACAGCAGCUUCACCGCGGACGCCCCCCCAGCACCCCCAGUGCAGGUACAGGGGAGCCUGCUGUGCGUUAGCUGCUGUAUGUCUCCCUCACAGGCUGAAAAGGCAGUGGACUCCCUGCUGGAUCUGGACUUCGACCCGUUCAAGCCCGACGCCACCACCCCCAUCGGGCAGACCCAGUCGCCCAUGUCCCAGACCCUGCCCUGGGAUUUGUGGACGGCUCCAGCUGCCGAGGUCACACAGCCUGCCGCCAGCGACUGGGCCGCGGACUUCAGUGGCCUGGGGGCCGGAGUGGAGGCGGCCGCCCCCGCCGGGGAGAACGGAGAGGCCAAGGCGGCGGACGGGCAGGGCUGGCCCCCAGCGGACGGCUGGGCGACGGAGGCUGUGGCGGCGCAAGGAGAGACCGCCGGAGCGGAGACCGUCGGAGCAGAGACCGUCGGAGAGGACACCAUAGAAGCGGGGACCGUCGGAGAGGCCACCAUAGAAGCGGGGACCGUCGGAGAGGCCACCAUAGAAGCGGGGACCGUCGGAGAGGCCACCAUAGAAGCGGGGACCGUCGGAGAGGACACCAUAGAAGCGGGGACCGUCGGAGAGGACACCAUAGAAGCGGGGACCGCCGAACCCGAGACCCCCGCAGCUGAGACCGUUGAACCCGAGGCGGCCGAACCCGCGGAAGCCGAGGUGUCCAACAAUGCACUUAAUGGAGUCUCUCAGCCUGAGGCAGCCGUCGCCGCGGUUACCGCCGAAUCUAGCCCGAGUGCGGUUGACGUGACGUCCGAGGCAGAGGCGGCAGUGCCUGAGGCUGAAACAGAGGCGGCCCUCGAACCCGUGCCUGAGACGGGCGAGGCCCAGGCGCCCCCUGACACUGCUGAAGCUCCUGCAACCAGCCCAGCUGAGGAGAAAGCUGCGGACGCCACUGUGGUAGAGGCGGAGUCUGUGGCCAGUCCAGAGGCGGAGUCUCCUGAGAUAACCUCUCCCUCUGAAGCUGAGAAACAGCCCAGUGAGGAAGCUGAGCUGGAAACAGCCACAGCCAGGGAGGGCGAGGUGGGGUCCCCUACUGCGGACGCUCCGGCCCCAACAGUGGACAUGGAGUCCCCAAAAGAGCUGACUCUGACGGUGGAGCCAGCCGGGGGGGAGGAGGUCACACAAGAGGGGGCUGCGGAGGCUGAGACAGAGGAGGAGAAGAUGCCCAUCCCGUCAGUGGUGAUCGAGCCCGCCUCCAGCAACGAGGGAGAUGAUGACCGUGACGGUGACAUCACUUCCCCCACCGUCUCCAGUGGCAACGGAGUGACUCCGGAGAGCCAGCCAGGACCCCCGGGCAUGCCCGCCGGGUUCCUCUAUAAGGUGGAGGCGCUACACGACUUCGAGGCGGCUAACUCGGACGAGCUGGAGCUGAAGAAGACGGACGUGGUGCUGGUGAUCCCAACGGUGAAUGUGGAAGAUCAGGAUGCCGGCUGGCUCACAGGAAUGAAGGAACGUGACUGGCUCCAGCUCGGCCCCACAGCUCCGAAAGGACUCUUUCCCGAAAACUUCACCCAGCGCUUGGAGUGACAAGCCCAGCCCCGAAACAGCAGCUGGCGGAUAACCCCAGUGACUUCCAGACCGAGCCCGGCAUUCCACACGCUUCCCGCCGUUCAGAGGAGAAGGCUUAAUCAGGCAGACGCACGCGGGUUUGUUUUUUUUAAAAAAGGAAGUGGACAGUGAAGUGACUGACCGGCUGUGUGGACUGACAGCCACCCUCCCUCAGAAACCAGUCGUUGAGUGUGUUCGUUUGUAUACCUGUGAGCGGCAAAAAAAAUUGGUGUGUGCUUUGUUGGAGCGUCGAUGACCUCCCACCUAUAAUCCCUAUCUGUUAAAGGAAAACAAAAAAAAAGUCAAACUCCUUCUUUAAAAAUGAUGACCUUAUCUUCUCUGCACUAAGUGUAUUGUAUACAUUUGAUUGCUCAUGGAUGCAGCCGAUUUUAUCAGCCCGUGAUAUGAGUAGUGAUAUGAUUUAUUUAAAAGUUCAAAAGUGUUACACAAUUUCUUUUUGUUUUAUUUCCAACAUCAAUGUUACCUUGUUGCAUCACUGUUAACCUUCUCUGUAGCGUCAUGGCUGAAUGUGUACGGCUAAGAUGAUAUUUGGUAUACUUGGUGUUGAUUUUGUUAUUGGACAAGACUUGCUACUCUUUUGCCAAAAAUACUUAUACAUAUUAUGAAAUGGAAAUUACUCACAAAAAUGUAAUUAUAUCUAGGUGUUAAUGAAAUAUCUAUCAGAGGAAAAAUACAGCUGUGGACCAAGCAGAUGAAGCUUUUCAAACAAAAUAGUUAUACAGAAACUCCUUACCUGAUCAUGAGAAGAAAAAAAAUAUAUACCUUUACAUAAUAUUUACAUAUAAUUCAGAAGAUAUAGUUCAAACCGGGUCAUCUUAUGGAAUUGUAUAAAGGCAUUACUUCAUAAAUAAGACAAUAUACACAAUAAUUUAUUCACCUUUGCAUUUCUUUGAAGGCGAAGAUCGCAGCAGUGGUGCUAGGGUGGAAAAUCAAGUAUGCAAUACAUGUAACCGUUGGUAGUGUUUCCAUAGUUACACCGUUCAGUUUUCAGGAAGUCCAAUGGCAUUUCAGUGUACGUGCAGUCAGUCCUCAUAUUAGAUUUUUAUUUAUUUAUUUUGUAAUGUACAUAUCUGUGCUUAUUUAUCUAAAGGUAAAUAAAGAAUAGUUACUAAUUA